CAGUUACAAGUUUAAAAUAUGCUGCAUUACAGAUAUUUUAUGCAUUGUAAAUCUGCAUGAGUUAACAUUUUGAUGGCGUGAAGACUCGAAAAAUACCAAUAUGCGGGUGAUCGUUUCACGUUUUUAUGCCUAUAGCAGCAUGAGAGGCGAGGCGAACUGUGAAGAUAUUUAAGACUUUUCGUAAUUGCCGGAGAAAAUGCAACCUGCGUAAAACCAAGGCUAAAACCUAGCUUUGAAUUACAUUUUUUGCGCAAACGUACUGGAAAACAGACUUUGAUAUCUAUAACAAUUCUCAUUCAUUGUGAUGCCAUGAAAGGAUCCCAUAAUUAAUACAAUCAAGAAUGGCCCAUCUUUGUUGUUUAAAAUCCACUUAGCAACAAAGACUGUAUAAAGUUUAUUAUUUAGCCUGACACAAAUUGCACGUCGAUAUCUACUUAAACUCGAAAGUAAAUAAAUCAUUUUGAUAGAUGUCGAAACGGAUGCUUAUUCAUUUCCCCCAUACUCCGCUAUAAAACCCAAUUGAUACCCUUGACUACCUUCGCCUAAGUAAAUCCCUCAAUUUAUAUUUGCCUUUCCCUAUAAAAGGCAAGAUUGAGAUAUGUAAUUUUGCUAAUUCUAACCUAACAUCCUUAACCCCAAAUCCUUUCUCAUUUGUUCAACUAUUCACAUGCUCACGUCAAACUUUCAACGCAGUUUUUAGUGAGUAGAUUUUCUAAAUAUAGCUAGAUAAAGGUAAUAAAAUCAGUUCCUUAGCACAAAACAACGUCUCCUAUUUUCUCAUCAGGCAGGAAAUUAUCACAAUUAACUCCACCUCCACCAUGCAUUUUCCAAUAGUUGGUUCCAGUUGCAAGUGCCAUCACAGGUGCCAUGUUAGGCAGUGUUUAGUCUCGCACUCGUAACCGAAAUUCUACAUCUGCUUUGUAGGAUAGUUAGGUUCAGUGCUCUGCCAACAUCCGAAACCUUACUUUAUACUUAGCGGUUUCAAAGUAUCCCCUUUUGUCCUCACAAAGCGGCUUGUUAUUUCGUUAUGCUUCGGGUAUUCCAUAUAGCCGCUCACGCACUAAUUAACACGAAUGAAAUUUGUAUAUAAUUGGUGUGCAUGAGUUCAUUUGUGGGAAACACAAUAUUGGACAAAGAGUUUUCGAACAAUCGCAGGUGUAGAGUCAACAGUCAGUUGUGCAGUCAAAAAGUUCAUUUUAUAGUUCCGUAUCCUGACAAAGAUUUCGCUAUCAUGUGCUCAAAGAGUUUAUGGUCAAACGUCGUAUUUAACGCCAUUUUAUUUAUCCUGGUUCAUGUUAACAAGUCCGUUCACGGAAUGGAACAUAGCAUAAUUUCAGAUAAAAUUCUAAAGCACACUGACGAUGACGUUUUUUGGUCUGCAAAGCAGAAACGGACAAGUCUAUACAAAAAUCCCUGUGACAGUGAGAGCCAUGUUGUAAACACACGUAAUCUUGAUCCCAGGCCUUGUCAACAUUGUAGAUACUAUCCAGCAACCCUUAAAGAAGUCAAAUGCACCAAGAAUACGCUGAACAAUAAAUUACCUACAGUCUGCAAAUAUAUAAAUGUUGCAGGUGAUUGUAUGGACGUUUACAAUCCAAUAAGUAUUCUCAGGGUUGAUACAAAAGCGGUACCACCUCUACUUUACUCAUUUAAAGUUAAUCUCAAAGUUGGAUGCGCGUGCAUGUUGCUGCGUUUUUAAGAGUUUGGCUUAUAAUAUACAUUUUAUCGUCUGUUAACCCAUAGUUUAGGCUCAAUAAAACAAGUGGAUGAUUGGAAUAGACUGAUAGACCUCAUCAUCGUUGACUUCAGUGUGGUUUAUCUCAACCUUAUCAUCAUAAGCAUUUGAAAUAAACGAUAAAUAAAAUUUUAUAUAUAUAUAUAUAUAUAUAUAUAUAUAUAUAUAUAUAUAUAUAUAUAUAUAUAUAUUGGUUUUUAAUCUAAUAUUAAAUACAUCCCUUCCACGAGAGUCGGGAUUCGCAUGUAUUAGGCUAUUAGUU